CCGGCCCUGGAGCUGGCCCACUCCCCCUCCGGGCUUUCGCCUGCCCUCUUUCCCUCUCUCCCUUCCCACUUCGCCAGCCCUGGCCCUGGCCCUGGCCCUGCCCCCUCCUCUCCGCCCCUCCGCGCCCGGGGUGUCAUUGGACCGGGGAGACGCAAGCCAACUUCAGGCUGCUCGGAGGAAGCCCGUGCAGUCACCUGGGUGCAAGAGCGUUGCUGCCUCGGGCUCUCUCACUGCAGGGAGAGCGGCACUCGCUGGCCUGGAUGUGGUUGGAUUUAGGGGGGCUCCGCAGCAGGGGUGUCGUGGCGUUGGCGAGCGCUGCAACAGGUAGACGCCGAGAGACGGACCCCGGCCGAGGCAGCCAUGGAGACCAAAGGCUACCACAGUCUCCCUGAAGGUCUAGAUAUGGAAAGACGGUGGGGUCAAGUUUCUCAGGCUGUGGAACAUUCUUCCCUGGGACCUACAGAGAGGACCGAUGAGAAUAACUACAUGGAGAUUGUCAACGUAAGCUGUGUUUCCGGUGCUAUUCCAAACAACAGUACUCAAGGAAGCAGCAAAGAAAAACACGAACUACUCCCUUGCCUUCAGCAAGACAUUAAUCGGUCUGGGAUUUUAACAUCUGAUAUUAAAACUGAGCUGGAGUCUAAGGAACUUUCAGCAACUGUAGCUGAGUCCAUGGGUUUAUACAUGGAUUCCGUAAGAGAUGCUGACUACACCUAUGAUCAGCAGAACCAACAAGGAAGCAUGAGUCCAGCAAAGAUUUAUCAAAAUGUUGAACAGCUGGUGAAAUUUUACAAAGAAAAUGGCCAUCAUCCGUCCACUCUAGGUGGUGUGAACAGGCCCUUGAGAUCCUUCAUGUCUGACUCUGGGAGCUCUGUGAAUGGUGGGGUCAUGCGUGCCAUUGUUAAAAGCCCUAUUAUGUGUCAUGAGAAGAGCCCAUCUGUUUGCAGCCCUCUGAACAUGACAUCUUCAGUCUGCAGCCCUGCUGGAAUCAGCUCUGUGUCCUCCACCUCUGCCAGCUUUGGCAGUUUCACAGUGCACAGCCCUAUCACCCAGGGGACUCCUUUGACAUGCUCCCCUAAUGUUGAAAAUCGAGGCUCCAGGUCACACAGCCCAGCACACGCCAGCAAUGUGGGCUCUCCUCUCUCAAGUCCAUUAAGUAGCAUGAAAUCCCCAAUAUCCAGCCCUCCGAGUCAUUGCAGCGUAAAAUCUCCGGUCUCCAGUCCUAAUAAUGUUACUCUGCAGUCCUCUGUGUCUAGCCCUGCAAACAUCAACAACUCAAGGUGCUCUGUUUCCAGCCCUUCCAACACAAAUAACAGAUCCACGCUUUCCAGUCCAACUGCUAGUACUGUGGGAUCUAUCUGUAGCCCUGUAAACAAUGCCUUCAGCUACACUGCUUCUGGCACCCCUGCUGGAUCCGGUGCAGCCCGGGAUGUGGCUCCUAGUCCAGACACACAGGAGAAAGGUGCUCAAGAGGUCCCCUUUCCUAAGAGUGAGGAAGUAGAGAAUGCCAUCUCCAAUGGUGUGACUGGUCAGCUUAACAUUGUCCAGUACAUAAAACCGGAGCCAGAUGGAGCUUUUAGCAGCUCAUGUCUAGGAGGAAAUAGCAAAAUAAAUUCUGAUUCCCCAUUCUCAGUACCAAUAAAACAAGAAUCAACCAAGCAUUCAUGUUCAGGUACCUCUUUUAAAGGGAAUCCAGCAGUAAACCCAUUUCCAUUUAUGGAUGGCUCAUAUUUUUCCUUUAUGGAUGAUAAAGACUAUUAUUCUCUAUCAGGAAUUUUAGGACCACCUGUGCCCGGCUUUGAUGGUAACUGUGAAGGCAGUGGAUUCCCAAUGGGUAUUAAACAGGAACCGGAUGAUGGGAGCUAUUACCCAGAGGCCAGCAUCCCUUCAUCUGCUAUUGUUGGUGUGAAUUCGGGUGGACAGUCCUUUCACUACAGGAUUGGUGCCCAAGGUACAAUAUCUUUAUCACGAUCGGCAAGAGACCAAUCUUUCCAACACCUGAGUUCCUUUCCUCCUGUUAAUACUUUAGUGGAGUCAUGGAAAUCACAUGGCGACCUGUCAUCUAGAAGAAGUGAUGGAUAUCCAGUUCUAGAAUACAUUCCAGAAAAUGUAACAAGGCCAUAUUUGUCUAGUGUUAAAGAAAGCAUCUUCCUAACAGAUAUCUAUGACUUUGAUUACUGUAUUGUUCUCUUUGACUUGACUCACACCUUCAUAAAGGUUUAUGUGGACAGGGAUGUGACCUUCUACACAGUCAGCCAAACUAGAAACCUGGGCGUCAUCGUUGAUCCUUCAGAUUCAAGCUCCUUUUACCUACCUGUGGAUUUAAUUGCCCCCACUGAUAGUCGGUGUAGCUGCUCAGUGGAAGGAGCAGUGUUUGUGACUCUGUACCUCAGUUCCCUUCCACUAAGUGGUGAUGGUAGUAACAUCUACUGCUGGAUCGCUAUGAUGUUAAAUGAAAUUGAGUAUUCAGAACCAGUACAAACCACAGUGAAGGUACAAUACAUGUAA